CUCACGUCAUCAGAUGUUUUGAUAUUUAAAGUUUCCUAAAAUAUCUGUCUUUGGUGACAAAAUUUACUGCUAAUAGAUUAAAUAUUUCUAUUCACCUCCAUCAGGUAAAAUAAAUUAGGGCCGACGACCCUCAACCCAUCAAAGCAGCUGGCAAAAGCAAAAUAACUCUGGACACAGAAACUUUCUUAAUUUGCUCUUAUCAACGCACAAUUGCGUACUCUUCACUUUUCAAAUUGGUUUGACGAACGUCUGGAGUCUCGCUCCUCUCAUUUUUGAAAUGGUCAGCAUGGUCUGUUUUCUUUGCUCUCAAGUCAUCCCCACAACCAUCCCGUCGACAGCCCCCUUGGAUAAUAAGGAAAUCAGAAAAAUAGUACCAAUCUCGCUCCUGCUGGAAUUACUGUCGUCGUCGUCACCAUGUUCGCCAACAUGUCGCAGUCGGAAGAAAAUUGCUCCACAAUUUGCAGAGAAUUUCGAAAGCUGUGAAUUUUGUCCAGCUUGUGCCCCCAUGAUAAGCGAAAUGGAGGAAAUACGGAGCCAAAUAUCCAUCCUGGAGGGACAGAUGGGGCAGAAAGUUUCGAUAAUUCAAGAUAUGCUGGUGAAUUCUUUAUCCGUAGAAGGACAAAGUGACGACAAGAUUACGCAACUAAGGACAAGUGUACUCAAAACGAUGAGAGGAGAUAAGACUGAACAGGACGGCAACGUUGUGUUGGAAAAUGUCGCAGUCAAAGUUGAAGCGGACGAGGGAAAUCUGUUCCUUGAUGAAAAUUAUGAAACCUUUGAUUACCCUAAUUCCUUCUCCGGUAUGGAACUCAAUAGUGAGGAGACUGAUCCCCUAAAACUUGAGGGUGAGGAUAACGACGACUACGACGAGUCAUCGUUCUGCAUCCAUCCCCAGCCACGGAAGAGAAGGGGAAGGGGGAGACCUGUCAAACCCAAAACUAGGAGGGGAAGACCUCCUAAAUCUCAGUCAGUGGGAAAGGAAAAAGUUUCUCCCUCACCACGUGGAGAUAAAGCGGCCAAAUCCGAAGAAAAUAGUAAACCCCCUCCUGACCGAAAACGUCGCUCAAAUCGUCCCAAAAAGAAAGUUGUUCCUCAAAAAGUGAAAACACCGAUCCGUGUUCCCGUUAAAAACCGAAAAUUUCGCGACGUUCUGAUCUGUCGAUACUGCGAAAAAUCAUUCGUCGCCGAAUACACGCUGAACUAUCAUAUCGCUCGACACCACCACAUUCCUUGUUCGAAGUCGGGUUGUUCCGCCAAGUUUGGCUCCGAGAAGGAGAAAAACGCCCACAUUAAGGAGGUCCAUCGAACACCGAAGAAAUUACCCGUCCCCAAUCCUGACCACGUGUGUCACAUUUGCAGAAAAAAAUUCAAGCAUAACGACUCCCUCAGGUCACAUGUUCGAAGAAGACACGAUGAAUCGAAACGUCCCCAGUGUGAAACGUGUGGAGAAAAGUUUCUGCAUGAAAGUACUCUCCAAUCUCAUCGGGUCAGAGAGCAUGGGGCUGACCAUUUGGUGUGCGAUGAGUGUGGAUCAAUUUUCUCAGCUGGGAUUACGACAACACAAAAUGCGGCAUUCGGAAAUAAAGCCGCACAAAUGUGAGCAAUGUGGCGCCUCCUUUUACGUCAAGAGAGACCUCGAACUUCAUUUGUCGUCGCACUCAAGCCAGCGGGAAAACCCGUGCCCCCAUUGCGAGCUGGUGUUCAAGAACAAGGAACAAGUGCGCGCGCACGUCAAGCGGAUCCACACCGUCGGCUAUGUCACGCCCACCCCGCACAAAUGCGCCCAGUGUGGAAAAUCAUUCCAGUACCCGGUCCACUUAAAGGCGCACGUGCUCCAAGUCCACACGGGAGAGCGGCCCUUCAUCUGCGACCAGUGUGGAAAGGGUUUUGCGAGCAAAUCCUUGUUAUCUGUCCACUUAAAGAGAAUUUGUGGGGUUGAUGUCGCUGUGAAGAAAGAUAGGCUCCCGAGGUCAAAGAGGGACUCGUUUCAGGGGAAAGUAAAGGAAGAAGCGGAUACUUAGUCUUUUUACUUACAAUGCGAAGGUGUCAGCGACUAAUCUCAGAUUUCAAUCCGACCACCACUAUUUGAUAGUGUUAGUCAAUACAACCAACAUUUGGUUUUGCAUUUUCUUGAAUGCGCAAUAUUAAAAAAUAUACGAAGGGUCAAAGUUGAUAAAAACGCAUGAUUUUCACCGUGCGGCUGGUCAGAAAUUUUCACCGUCACUCCUCCGCUCCACUCGUUUCCACGCUGACUCGUUUCGUCACAAUGCCGCUUUCUCGCUUGCACUUUUCAUUACUAACAUAACUUCGCUUUGUGUUUAGUAAAUAGUCAAGUAUUAUGAAUAAGUGGACAAACAUUUAUUGCAUUUAAUUUUCAAACGGAUUUUUUACACAAGUUAGCAUAUGAUUUUUGUGAUAGAAGUCAUUAAAACAGAAAGACAAAUCACACCAGCUGCAUUUUAUAAAUGCGUCAUUGUCGCAUAUCAUUAAACUGCAAUCAGUUGCACGUGGUUUGAAACAUACUUCACUAACAUUUUUGAAUAAUGGCUUUCCUCCAUCCGCCCAUAACCCACUAGAAUACCAACAAUAACGAAUCAUCGGGACAAAAACAGGAGCGCUUAAAACGAAGUGAACAAGCGAAUGCAAUUUCAAAACUCCGUUGCGAGUACAUAAGUAUGAGGAUUCGCCAGGUUCAUGUAACGAUUCGUAAAAAUAAAACUGCUUAACUAUAUACUUAAGUUGGCGAUGAAAAUAUGUGUCAAGGGGUUGACACAGGUCAGUGCAACUUUCUGGAACAAACAUUACCCAAAAAUCAUAAGUCGGACUACGUCCAAAUCGGCUCUCGUAAAGGUCUUCGUUAGUUUGGGCCGUCCAGUUGUCGAGUAGAUACAGGAUUUGGUUAUAUUGAGCAUGAGGAACAACAAUUUUAUCUAGGAAAUCCUCAACCAAAACUGUACUUAAUUUACCAGACCUGCUUGCGGAGACAAUAAGGUUCGGUGCCGUAAAGAGGUUUUUUUCCACAACUGGACCUAAAAUUCCACCAAUUUCCUACGUGAAUGAAACUUUAAUUAAUUUUCUGAUUUUCACAUUCAACUUCUAAUGAGCUGGUCAUUGCAUACGUACCUGUAAACAGACAUAGACUUGAGGAAUUAUGGAUCCAUCGUACGAAACAACAUACUGUACGGUAUAAGAGUGGGUGGCUUUAUUUUUCGGCGAAUACGACGUUCCAAGAGUUUUUCUUUCACCUUUAGAAGUUAGAGUUCGAUUGGAGACAAUUUCAUACUUAAAUCCCGUCUGGUCGGUAUUCCAGAUAUUGCCUGGUUCAUAAAGUGGGAUCAUUGCAUUUACUUCCUGUCGGAAUUUUGCAGCAUCUUCAAGGAUUUUAUCCAGAUCUUUUACGGAUGAGCGCUUCACAAACUUCUGAAUCUUUCGAGAUGAUAUCCGGUUUCUUCUUUUUAAUACGCCGAUCCACGAAUCACACGCUUUAAACUUCAAGCCAGGAUAUUCCCUAGCUUUUAUAAGAGCCCAUCGCCUUAUGUCAAUGGUGUGAACGGAUAAAAAUUUAUCUCUUGCAUCACGAAAUUGGGACAUCACAAACUCUUCAAUUUCCUUUAAAAUUGUGAAUCUUGAUCCUCCUGAAAAAUUGAUUAAUGUACUUUGGCUAAAUGAAUUUUAUUGACAUGCGACUACGUUUGACCUACCCAUUGCAAUUUGCCUCUUCCAGUUUUUAAUGUAGGAUGGAUACUUUACUUUUGAGAACCGUUUCUUAAAAGUUCGAAAUUUCCAUUUCGGGUGUUGUUCGAAUUCAGCCAUCGCUCUCUGUUUGUAAUUUAGUGUUACUUUGUCAUCAACAAUAUUUGAUCCAUCAUCGUCGACAUAUAAUUCAUUGCUAGGCAGCCCAUUUUCAUCUAAGAAUUCAUAAACCCUGUUACAUGUUGAUUACAUAAAUUUUAUAUAUUUGGAAACGUUACCUUCAUCAAGAACUUCAUCUUCAACAAAAACGUAGUCGUGGAUGAGCUCACAAAGUUUAUCGAGAAGCAACUCUGCAAUUAUUUCCUCUUCGUCAUUUGGUGCUUUGUCUUCAUAAUCAUAUUUAUUACGUAUUAUAUGGAGCAUUGACUUUGCUACAGAUAAUAAAUUUAUGGAAUCCAUUCGGAAGUUAAGCCAAUUAAAUUAUUAGAAAGUUAUGUUAGUCCAGCCUCAUGAAUUUAUCUACAAUUUAAAUCUCGAAUGAAUGAAAGCGAAGCCGAUGAAACGAAAAAUGAAGCGAGUGUAAUUGACCCCCAACAGAAUGAAAGCGAGCGGAGCGGAGGAGUGUGGGUGAAAAUUACUGACUUCCCGCAUGGUGAAAAUCAUGCGUCUUUGUCAACUUUGACCCUUCGUAUCUUUUUUAAUAUUGCGCAUUCAAGAAAAUGCAAAUCCAAAUAUUGGUUGUAUUGAGUUAUACUAUCAAAUAGUUGUGGUCGCAUCAAAAUCUGAGAUUAGUCGCUCACACCAUCGCAUUGUUAGUGUCUUUUGCAGUGUUUAAUGUGGUACUUACAUAUUUACCAAGCGGUAUAUUUAUAACACUGGUAAAUACUGGUACUUACCACUGUCCUAAAAAUUGGUAAAAUGGAUAAUGUGGUAUGAAGUGUAGCUUGUUGUAUUUUUGGGUAUUGUACCAUAAAUUUUCCCAUUAAACUGCAUGGUAAUUUACAAGAAAUAUAUGCUUGAUUGGUAUACAAUAUUCUCCAUAUUAAACCUCAUAUGCAUACAUAAGUAACCAACAAUAUUCACAUAUGUAUGUAUGUAUCUAUGUAAUAUGUCCAAUUGCUUUCAAUGAUCUAAUGUGUAAUAUCAAAGCACAAGUUAAAAUUAUUAAUCGCUGCGAAAUCUUCAAACAAGAAUCGUUUGUUAUAAAAUACGUACAUACAGAUAAUUUAUAAUAUCUGUAUAUAAAAUUGCAAUGUUACUAUAUUACCUAUUUGCAUGUAAAUCAUUUUUCUUUAUUUUUGUGCAUUUUCUUGAACUUUUCCGAAUUUGUGACUAGUGCUAUUCAACGGUUAAGAACAUUUUUGUGCACUAAUUUGGUGCAGGACUUUGCUAAUACGACAAACACUGUUGAAUUACAUGUAAGCAAUUUUACGACCAAACUGAACUUGUUGACUUAGGAAAUACGUUCUUAUUAUUAUUAUUAUUCUACGUACAUAUAUUUAUGAAUGGUUAAUAUUGAAUUGCAAAAUUUUUGCAAAAAUUUUCAUU